AUGACAAGCACAUCGGGGCCAAGUGCCUCGGUAAAUGCCGAAGUCACAACACAAGCUCGCAGUUGUCAGAAAUGCAAUCGACGAAAAACGCGGUGCAGCAAGACCCAGCCAUGCACUAGUUGCGUCAAGCUAGGGAUAGAAUGCAUUUUUCCACCUCCAGGCCGCGCACCACGGAGGAAGAAACGAGCAUUGAAAGCGGAGCUUGUUUCCAAAGUCAAGUCUCUUGAACAGAAAGUUCGAGAGCUUGAAGAUGAAAGAAAUUCCCCGCAAUCAGAUGCUGGUGCGAAUAAUGAGGAAGCAUCUACUCGCACCAUUCCUCAACCUUUAACAGCUCACGCGCAACAUGCGAAUCACCCAACGACCUCAGUCGGAGACCAUUUAGAGGGCCGAUUUGGCCAGCUCAUGGUCGACGGAGACUCUAGUCGAUAUGUGAACCAUGAGGCCCUUGCUAGCUUCCGAACGGACAUCAACCAGAGGAAACAAUUCAAAUUCAUUCAUAUUCGGAUACGGGCUUUGGCUCACUCACUCCGUGACUUGCAUCCAACGCCCCUCAUCAGCCAGGCAUUGUGGGGUGCAUAUGAGAAGAAUGUCGCACCACUGAUCUUGAUUCUUCACAAACCGACGAUACGGAAUCUAGUCAGAAAAGCCGCAACAAACGCAGAGUUUCUCGAUGCAAACUCCGAGGCGCUUGUAUUUGCAGUCUACUUCGCGGCUGUUAUGAGCAUGAAGCCCGCAGAAUGCCGGCGCCAAUUGGGAGUGGACCGCCAAACGGCAAUCCAGCAUUACCGCUUCGCAGCUGAGCAGGCCUUAUCUCGAGCUGACUUUCUACACGCCCGUUGUCUCUCGGUCCUACAAGCCGCUGUCCUCUUUCUGAUCGUUGCGUGGCGAUGCGACGAUGUGCGCUUCGUCUGGGCUAUGACGGCCUUGGUCUACAGACUGGCGCAGGGGCUGGGCCUACACCGCGAUGGCGAGAAGCUCGGGCUCGGCCCAUUUGAGACGGAGAUGCGACGGCGUCUCUGGUGGUAUAUUUACUUGCUUGAUUCGCAGACGUCCGAGCACCAGGCAAUGAGCCCUCAGAUCUACGAGGGAACAUACGAUACUGAGUUCCCGCUUAACGUCAACGACGAUGAUCUAUCCCCCGAAGCAACGACUCGCUUCCAAGAAAGAGAAGGCUUUACUGAAAUGACAUUCUGUUUGAUCAGAUGCGAGAUCAACGUCCGCUAUCGCCGCAUCCUCAAAGGCACCAUGCCCAGUCUUGGACCCACGCGACAGUCGGUUGAGGAUACAACUCACGCACUCACGGAUAUGAGCACGUUCAUCGAGAACGAGCGUCUGAAAUAUUGUGAUCUGAGCGUUCCCAUUCAAUGGGUCGCUGCCACAAUAACGCGAAUCGCAUUAGCCCGAUCAUGGCUAGUGGCCCACCUUUCGCUCAUCGGAUCUGACGACCUGAGCUCGGACCUGUGGCAGCAACGGCGUGAAGUAUUGUUUCAAACUGCCAUCGAGGUCCUUGAAUUCACUCAUCUACUUGAAAGUAGGGCUGAAACCGCUCACUGGUCCUGGAUGUUCGAGAUGUAUCGGCAAUGGCACGCGUUUGCCUUUGUUCUCUCGGAGAUAUCCGUGCGGCCCCCAUCACAAGCUACAGAUCGUGCCUGGACUAUUGCAAAUUUAAUGUUCCAGCGAUGGCAGCAAGAUGGACCACCUCAGGGAUGGGUCCUUUGGAAGCCGCUUUCUCGUCUUAUAGAACGCGUCACUGCCAAGAGGGCCGAUGAGUUUUCGGCGGGUAGUGCUCACCAAAUGCUGGUUUCUUUCCCAGCUGAUUCCACUCAUAUUCCUUCGGUCUGGGCAUCUCGGCAAACGGAAACAAUUAACGGUGAUCCCGUUGACCCGGCAUCAAAUACAUUGGCAAUGGAAAUCUAUAGAGAUAUCGUUCGCGACCUAGGUGUUGGAUUAGGUGAAAGUUGA